AGAGAGAGAGAGAGAGAGAGAGGGAGAGGGAGGGAAGUUUGUGUGUGGGCAACAACUGUCUGCUUGCCUUUCUUUUGAAUGCUGUUUCAUCCUUUACUUUAGGACUUUUUUUCAAGAAAAGUGAAGCUUCGAUUUGGGCGAGAGAGGGAGGAGGAAGUUACCUAGUUUGACUGUCUAAGACCCUCUACCCAACAUUAAGGGCAGACACUGAAGUGAUGCCUGGAAGUGAGGCAGUGGCACAGGGCAGCUCUGCAUCCAGCAGGGGGCAGCAGGUGACGCGGGGAGGAGAGCGUCCGAACAGGAGCACCCCUCAACCAGGAGAGCACAGCCCCCACGAGCCCCCAAAUCAAAGCACCAACCAGAUCCACUUUCCUGUCAUGAUGGUUAGCCCAAGAGCCACACUGAUCAGCUCCUCGCACUUGCAAGCUCUCAUCCUUCAACAGUGUGCAGGGGACCCUCUCAGGAAGCAGCUGCUCCAGCUCGCCCAGCAGAGACCCUCCGUCCUGCGAGGAGGAGGACGCCAAAACCAGCCCCUCUGCCCCCUGCAGCCAGGAGCAUCUCCGGCUUCCAGCCUGGCUCAGCCCUGUCAGAACUCGAGCCCAGCCCAAAGCUCUGACUCCUCACUGUGCAAGAGCGAGCCAGGAGGCAGCCGCAGUGCGCCUUCCCCUCACCACGGAGCCUCGGCACGCAGCUCCCCCACCCCGAGGAGACUCAGCCCCGCUGUGCAGACAGCCAGGAACCACAGCCCCACUCAGAAGGUAUCAGAAGCCCCCAACACUCUCUUUGUGAGUGGCCUAUGCAAAUGGCCUGGCUGUGAGGAAGUGUUUGAGGAAUACGGACAGUUUAUCAAACACCUGCACAGAGACCACAGUCCCGAUGAGAAGAGCCUGGCUCAGUGGAGGGUGCAGAAGGAAGUGGUCCUGCAGCUGGAGAACCAGCUCACUGUAGAGAGACAGAGACUGCGGGCCAUGCAGCUGCAUCUCCACUUCACAGAGCACAGACUGAGCACCAGCAACACAAAAAUGCGGGAAGCUUCUGAGAAUUCCUUCUCUGCACAUGGCUUCCCUCUGUCUCAGCCCCGCCUCCAAGAGAGAUCCUCAGCCAAUCAUAAAGAGGCAGUGGAAGUGGGUCGGCAUGGAUACUGGCACCUGCCUACCAUCCCUUUCAUGCCAGAAAUGGUUCCCAGUAUGGACUAUUACAAGUACAGCAAUAUCAGGCCACCGUUUACAUACGCUUCACUGAUCAGAUGGGCAAUCCUGGAGUCCCCAGACAAACAGCUGACCCUGAACGAGAUCUAUCAUUGGUUCAUGAACAUGUUUGCCUUCUUCCGAUUCAACACUGCCACCUGGAAGAACGCAGUGCGACACAACCUGAGCCUUCACAAGUGCUUCGUUCGAGUGGAGGGAGGGAAGGGCGCGGUGUGGACGGUGGACGAGACAGAGUUUCAGAGGAGAAGGGGACAGAAAUUCAACAGAGAUCAAGAUGUGAAGUGGUUGGGUCCCUAUGCUUACCUCUGCCCCCAGGAGCCGUGGUCUGUCUCCCAGCCUGGCUCCAGCUGAAACAACAGGACACCAAGAGGGACUCUCACUCCUCAACUGGAAACCAGUGAUAACCAGUACAGCAGACGGUGCUAACUAAAUAACUCCAGUAAAUCUUAUCUAAUCUGUAUCGCCAUCAGAUUGAAAUACACAUUAUGAUAAAGUGUAGUGGUAUUAUUUUGAUAGCGUCUGUAGUCAAUAAAACUGCCGAAUUUCUCCUGCACUUUUUCCAUGCUGCUGUUCCCGUUGAAGGAACACAGCCGACGCACGCGAGAUGCUCCUGGGAGUUUGAGUCCUUGUAGGAAAAACAUUUUUUUUUUUUUUUUUUUUUUUUUAAGACAAUGACUCUUCCCGUGUGCAUUUUUUAAUUUGGUUAAGCGUAAAACCAAAAACAUAAUUUCUGUUUCGUUUCUGAUUCGAUUUGAUUCGAAUCGUUUCUUAUUCAAUUCGAUUCGAUUCGAUGGGGGCUGUGUGGUCCAGUGGUUAAAGAAAAGGGCUUGUAACCAGGAGGUCCCCGGUUCAAAUCCCACCUCAGCCACUGACUCGCUGUGUGACCCUGAGCAAGUCACUUCACCUCCUUGUGCUCCGUCUUUCGGGUGAGACGUAGUUGUAAGUGACUCUACAGCUGAUGCAUAGUUCACACACCCUAGUCUCUGUAAGUCGCCUUGGAUAAAGGCGUCUGCUAGAUAAACAAUUAAUAAUAUUCCUAUUAUAGAGUCACACAAUAAGUAGCUGAAAUGUGUCAGCUACCAAAAUAAUGAAAUGAUUAAUCAUCUGACCUAAAUUAUUAAAAUUACAUUUCGAAUCAAUAGAAUAAAAAACAACACCAUCGGUUCAUUUAAAAUAAUAUAGUUUGCAACUUGAAUUAAAAACCCACCAAUGAAUAGAGUGCACAUACAAUCAUAUGUCGAGAAUGACAACCUGCAGUUUUUUUUUACAUCAACCAAAAAAUGAGGCACCACUUAACUUUUUCUCACUGAAGAAAAAAGAUAUGAGGACAUUAUUAUAUGUUGUUUAUUUAAAUACAAAACUUUAGUUAACAGGUUUUACUCUGAAUAAGAUACUAUUAGAGAAUUUUGACUACCUGAGGUUCUAAAUUUGCAGGACCUGUGUGGUUUUGCACAGUGCAAACAAUUAGCGUUUUCUUUGCAACAUUCAAAUCUAAUAUAAA